AUGCCACCCUCGAAUACGAAUACUCCCUCUAAUAACAUUCCCUCAGAAAAUAUAUACAAACUCACCUCGCCAUCUUCUUCAACCUCAACAUCCCAGAUAUCUCUCCCUAACAUUGCACAAACAGCCGAAGACUCCGCCGACCCAUCUACCUCUAACCCAUACGAGUCACCCUGGCGAGCUCCUCUAAACCCCUUCAGCCCUUUUACAAUCCCUUCCGACCCCACCAAAACACAGCGCCCUAAAUUAACCACCGAAGUCACAAAUUCAUCUGACCAUACCGCCCAACAAUCUCCACCUCAAGGAGUACAAUUGAAUACCAAGUCCACUGAAGAUAAAAACCCCCAGGACCCACGGAGAAUCACAUCAACAGACGGAGUUUUCGACCGUCCGCCGCCUCCAAUUGACCCAAUGAUCCACCCUCGACGACCACCCACACCAUCACAUAUAGAUACCGUAGCGGCAAACUACGAGGAAGAAGAUUUUUACACAAAGCAGGAAUUCGACGCGGAAAUCAAAGCCAUGCAACAGGGUUGCAUUCUUCAGAGGAUUUGCUGUUUUUGCUGUCCUGGCUGA